AUUUCCAUGCAACUUCUCUUUUCAUAUGCAAAAUGUAAAUAUAAAUUGCAAACGCCAUGGUUUCUCCCAACAUUCAUAAACUCGAUCGACUCAUAUUAAUUCCUUUCCUCCCGCCUUAAUCGUUUCUUCGAAAUUCUUACUUUCUUACGGUCGAAGAUUUCGGUUGUUGCUUUGCUUUUGCCGUCAUGAGCCAAUAUCGCCCUCAAGAAAUUCCCAUGGCGUACCCGGCGCCUCCUCCGUCGUAUCCGGCGGCGGAGCAAUUUAAGGGUCCUUAUGUGACGGCUCCGCCGCCCGUUGGGUAUCCGGUGAAGGACGCUCCUGUUGAGUACCCUCACCAAACUUCCCAAACUCAAUCCAGAGGAGAUGGCUUCUGGAAAGGAUGCUGCGCUGCCCUGUGUUGCUGCUGGGUAUUGGAUUGCGUCUUCUGAUAAAGCUUUGGCUGAGAAUUGAGACACAUUCAUUUUUAGUUUUACCCGUUUAGUAUUCGGGUUAUGUAUCCGCCCUCUAUUAUUCUUCUGUAUUGUUUUAGCAUACUCGUCUUUCUUUUUUCAGAACAUUCAUUGAUUUGAUUGUCAUUUAUUUUUGUUAAUAAAUAAAAUUUCAUUACGUGAUACAUUUGAUCCUA